GCGGCUCUCUCUCCACUUCCCACACGGAGGAGGAGGAAGAGGAGGAAGGCGAGGCUGUGAAUAGAACAACUCAAGCCGUGUGAGCGACUCUCACUCCGGGGGACGCGUGACCUGUGUAACGGACGGAGACAAGGGCCAGCUCGGUUGUUUUCACCUGCUUUUGAGCUAAACGUUCUACUUAAGCUAGCAGCGACGCGAGCUUUGGAGUUUUUUUAUUAUUUUUUUUUUUUCCGUCUUUCCGGAGCUUCGUCGUCGACUAGACGAGGAAGCACCUGUUCCAGUGUCGGCUGCCGAACGGAGACAGAGGACCGACGACUCCAACCCAACCCAACCCAACCCAGCCCUUCCCCUCCCGGAGAGAGUGGAUGAAUUCGGUCGAUGAAGGUCUGUGUGACGCUAAGAGGGGGGCUUUGGACGGCGGACCCCCCUCUUUAGCUAGCGAGUCCAGCGAAGACGAGCGGCACGUUCCAGUCAUCAUGGGCACGCGGGGUUAUCCUGACGCCUUACCCGGCAGCCCAGUGUUGCCUGGAGAGGAAGACGACGACGAGGGCAAGGAGAGAGACUCGGAUCGAGACAGCGCGGUGGAGAGCACCCAAGGGUCCGACACCUCGGAAGGUCUCACCAGACUGGGGGAUAAAGAAGACAUCUUGGGCGAUCUCUUCUUCCCCGCUGAGAACAAGAGUGCAUUCUGUCACUGUGAUGUCAUCAGGACAAGCGGCACAAGCAACUCCGUCACCUCCGACCUGUCAACGCGCUCGUCGGCUUCGCUGAACGAGGAGCAGUUUGAGGACUACGGCGAAGGCGAGGAGCCCGACUACGCUCCCAGCAGUCCCUGUCUAGACGACGAGACUCGCAUCAACGGGUACUCGGAUCUUGGCUCAUCUGUGUCCUCAAGUGCGGGACAAACACCUCGGAAGGUGCGUCAGCAUUACCCCGGCGAGAUGGUGGACGUCUACUGUUCUCAGUGCAGCAAAAAGGUCAACCUGCUGAACGACCUGGAAGCACGUCUCAAAAAUCUCAAGGCCAACAGCCCCAACAGGAAAAUCUCCAGCACAGCCUUUGGGAGACAGCUGCUCCACAACAGCAACCUGAGUAGCAGCAACGGCAGCACCGAGGACCUUUUCCGAGACAGCAUCGAUUCUUGUGACAUCGACAUCAACGAGAAGGUGAACUCUUUGGAGAAGAAGGUUGCCGAACUAGAGAGUGAAAUUUUGUUGAACGGCGAUCUGAAGUCCAAACUGAAGCAGGAUAAUACACAUUUGGUACACAGAGUUAAUGAAUUGGAGGAGCAGCUGAAAGACCAGGAGACCCGUGAGAACCAAAAUCUGCAGGGGGAGUUGAAACGACACCGAGAUGCCUUUAGCAAGAUGGAGAAAGACAAAAACACACAGAUUGAGCUGCUGAACAGCCGGUUGAAACAGCUGGAGGAUGAGAAAAAUGAAAUUCAUGUUAGCAUGUGCAGACUCAAGACGCACACAGAGAAACUGGACGAGGAGAAGCAAAGAAUGACCGAUAAGCUGGAGGACACCAGCUUGCGCUUGAAGGAUGAGAUGGACCUGUACAGGAAAAUGAUGGACAAACUGCGGCAGAGCAGGCAGCAGUUCCAGCAAGAAAAAGAGGCCAUGCAGGAGCUGAUCGAGGACCUGCGGCGAGAGCUGGAGCACUUGCAGCUUUUCAAACUGGAGGCCGAGAAGCCCGGACGAGGGCGCAGCUCGUCUUCCAGUCUGUCCGAAUACAACAGCAGGACCAGGGAGGUGGAGAUGGAGUACGAGGUCAAGAGGCUCAAGCAGGAGAACCAGAGGCUGAAGGAGCAGAACGACGAUCUGAACGGUCAGAUUCUCAGCCUGAGCCUGUACGAAGCCAAGAAUUUGUUCGCCACGCAGACCAAGGCCCAGUCUCUGGCCGCCGAGAUAGAAAACGCCUCCAGGGACCAGUUAAUGGAAGCCCUGAAGGAACAAGAAGAAAUCAACAUGCGCCUGCGGCAGUACAUGGACAAAAUCAUUCUAUCCAUCCUCGAUCACAACCCGUCCAUCCUGGAAAUCAAGAACUAGCAGUGACUCUGCUUCUUCAGAGACUGUUCAGAACACGAGACACACUGUAAUGGAACAUAAACAACUGGAAUAUCUCCCCCUGCUGUUUGUGGACUGAAAAACAGGGACAGAAAGGGGGAGUGACUUGACGGUUCUGCUGCUGUGACUCUCGAACGAACGUCAUCCACCCUUUUUCUACUGUCUCUGUCGCUGUACCGGACUACGUGCGCACUGAUAUGAAAACUGGAACAUUGUAACCCAGCAGACAGGUGCGUUCCCAUCAUCUGUUGUCAUGUUUGUAAACAGCAAUCUGCUCAGUGUACCCCAAAUAGUUGAACUCUGCGAGACGUGUGGCCAGUGUAGAACUAUCUGAUCUGUAAGUGGCUACGUUUAAGAGUCAUGCAGGAGAACAUAUUUUAAAAAAAAAAAAAAAGAUUGUGAGUGAUGUUUGGCAUUGGCACGUCUUAAAAGAAAGUUGUGGAAUGUGGAGAAGGUGGUGAGAGAGAACUUUAGGAUCAAAUGGGUCAAGGAGGAGGGUUUAGGUGAAGUCAAAGGAGGUUCUGCUGUAUUUGUGUUUCCUCUCCAAACGACGUCUUCCAAGACUUUUGUAAUGACACGCGUUGUGUCCCUCGAUCCGCUCAAGGUUUUUCUACAUGGGUUCUGUCGUAUGUCGUCACUUUAGGGAGAAAGAAGGUGCAGCGUCUUCAAACUGGAAUUAUACGUAAAAUGCAUCUCCCCCGAGGGUUGGAAGCUUAAACGAGUGUUCGCAAUAAUCAUCUCAAAAGAAACGUGAUCAGGUGGAAUGAAUGUGACCACUUCUGUUCGCCACUCUGGCGUGGUACUCACGACGUGACUACACAGCACAAAUGGUUGUGUGAAUUUUUAUAAAAGUGUAAAUAUCAUGAAUGUACAUGUUUAUGUGCGAAGGGACAACAAUAUGCUGUACUAUGUAACCAACUGAAACUUGAGUAUUGCUUCCUUGCACAAAAAUGAUCUGUUUUCCCUCUG